AUGGCGCCUGAGAAAGAAGCAGGCUUCUCCACACCAGGAGAAAGAAGCAGGCUUCUUCAUUCCUCUCGAUUCCUUCAGGAACUGGUGGAUGAAUUAGGGAUUUACAUGUUGUCUUAUGACACACCUGGGUAUGGCGAGAGUGAUCCAAACCCAAGUACGUCUGUCAAAAGCACUGCACAGGAUGUUGAAGAGCUCGCUGACCAAUUAGAGCUAGGUGAGAAGUUCUUUGUUACUGGAUUUCCUAUGGGAGGAGGAUUUGCUUGGGGCUGCCUGAAAUAUAUCCCUCACAGGCUUGCAGGUGUAGCAAUGGUAGCUCCAGCUUCCUACUACUGGUGGCAUAAUUUCCCAUCCAAUGUAUCUACUGAUGCUCUUAAUCAGCAGUUUGCUAGAGGGUGGAACACCCAAAAGUGGUUUCCCUCUUCAAGUGUUCUCGCUCACUCUCUUGAUAUCGCAUCUGGCCCUGACAAAGAGAUUUUACCCAAGAGACCUGCAAGAGAUCGCUUUGAAGCACAGGUGAGGCAGCAAGGACGGUAUGAAUAAGUGCACCAAGACUUGAGCGUUGGCUUUGGGCACUGGGAGUUUGUUGGGCGCAGAGUCACGCCCUCACGCCGCGGAAGCGAUAUCA